GACCUUGCGCGCAAAUCGACAGUUGGUUUUCGUCUAAUCAAUAUUUUUACUUGUCGAUGCGAACUUUGAAAUAACUAGAAAAAGGAUCACUUUAUGGAACUGUAGUUUUACUGAUGUUCAUUAUCAUCACUAAGAAUGGGUGGACACGUUAGUCGUGGUCGAGAUAACCAGUCGCUCAUUGAUGAACUUGUACAAAACGGUCUCACGUUAGCCCCGGAGAUUGAGCGUGCUCUUCGUUUAGUCGACAGAGGGAGUUAUUUCAAUGAAAAAGGUCCGCGAGCGUACAUGGAUAUGGCAUGGAGGUCUGGUUCUCUGCAUCUUUCAGCACCCAGCAUCUACAUUGUAGCUCUCAAAAACCUCGAUAUUCAACCGGGAAACUGCUUUUUAAAUGUUGGAAGUGGGACAGGAUACCUUAGUACGGUCAUCGGAUUGUUGCUAGGAUACAAUGGCGUCAAUCAUGGUAUUGAGGUGAAUGAUUUUAACGUUAAUUUUUCCCGUGAACACUUGGUGUCAUUUAUGUCUGAAUGUGAUGCACCUUUUGAACGGUCGUUUUGUCCUCCAGUAUUCCUACAUGGGAAUAUUUUCGAUUUAGUCGUUCCACCAGACCAGCAGUCUAGUACGGCUGAAGGACUCAAUGUUUUCCCACAGUCUACUGAAACGGUUCAAAAUAAUCUAGACACUCAAUCAAAUAGCAGUAUAAUUAAUUUUACAAGUAUACGGACUUCAAAUGAGUAUCAAGUUUAUUCAUCGGACACUUUAAUGGAAGCGGAAGAAAAUGAUCAUGCCGUGGUCGAAAAUUCCAGUCAAAAUGAUGAUCCGAAUAAUGAUAAUGAUAAUGAUGAUGAUGACGAUGAUGACGACGAUAAUGAAAGUGAAUAUGAUCCUAUAAAGUGGGAGGAAGAGUUUAUUGUUGACUCGCCACCUUUCAUACACUCAGAUAGUCUUCCAAUAUCUGAUCAAAUAGAUACAAACAUACCACGCUGGCCAGUAUAUGAUCGAAUAUAUGUGGGAGCUGCUGUUUCUAACCGUCUUCAUUUACAAUCCAUACUACGACUGCUCAAAAUCGGUGGUAUUUUAGUUGUUCCUUAUCGAGAUAAAUUUAUGAAAAUCAAACGAAUAGAGAAAAACAAAAUAACUGCGUCGGAAUUAAUGUCAGUUAGCUUUGCAACUCUUCUUCCAUCGUCAAUAGGUUCAAGAAAACAAGUCGAAUCGCCUCCUAAACAAAAUGUGAUAUCAUUGGAACAAUUAGCCGCACGCUUAAUACGCAGCCUUCUUCGAAACGUCAUCGAAUUCCGUCAUAAUGGUCCACCAAUACUUGGCCAUAUGGAAGCAGUAGGAGAAGAGGAGGAUGGUGAAGUGAAUACUGUCUGUGAUUCAAAUGAAGAUUCUGAUGCUUGGAUGAAUAAUCCUGACACAGAAGAACCUGAUGAACCAAAUAGGGAAAGUGCUGGUAGUUUGCUACAACCUAGAAGUCCUUGUAGCAGUCCGGCUUCACAAAAUUGCUCAAUGGCUCGAUUUCUACACUAUUUGAUUAAUCACACAGAGAUAGGCCAUGACAGAUCACAAGGUUCACAUCAAAAUUCAACCAAUGACAAUGCCAACACAAAUAGAACGAAUUCGGGUGAUUCGCAAAGUAAUACAACUGCAGUUGAAGCGAUUUACUUUUUAAAUAGAGAUGCCGAGGGUGGAGGUUCGGGCGAGAUUGCAACCGAAAAUCACCGUAGCAGCUCACCUUAUCUACGCAUCAAUAUUUGCCGUUUUUUAAACGAUGUUAGUGACACCAUUAUCGGAAGCUCUACCGGUCAAGAACAUCCUAACGCGGAUGAGGAUAGCCAAAUUAAUGGAGGUGUGAAUACAGGGGCAUCCGUAGAUAACGAAUCAACAACUGAUGAAAAUGUGAAAAAGAAAUCUACACCUCAAAAACAACGAAAGAAAUUUCGUUGGAUUCCUCCAAGUUACACUUACAAAGAAGAAAUGAAACGUAUACUUUCCGAAGAAUUACAUCUUGGGAAACCUUUAAUUCGAUCCGUGAUUACAUUGUGAAAUAGAUUACUUUAAACUUAUUUUAUCCCUUCAAUCAGAUAAACCCUAUUCAAAAAAA